AGGUGAUGUACUGUGAUGAAGUGUGGACCAAAAAUUAUAUGAAAUAUUGCAAAUUAUUUUGAAGGUUAUUCCCUCAAUCUUUUCAUGAAGAAAUUCGAUGACUCUGAGAAGAUAUUUUCGUAAUGGAUAUAAGAUUUACAAAUUGGCGAUAAAAAGAGCAUUUAGUGGCAAGAAUCUCUUCUAUACGAAUGUUUUGCUUUCCAUUGGAAUAUCCACGACUGGAGAUUUAUUAGAACAAAGUUACGAAUUGUACACUAAAGAGAUUGAUAAAUUAGACCACACAAGAACAGCGCAAAUGGCAUUGUCAGGAAUGACUGCUGGUGUUAUAUGCCAUAAUUGGUACAUUUUUUUAGACAAAGUUAUCAUAGGGCGUACAUUUGAUAUGGUUAUAAAAAAGUUACUACUAGACCAGUUUAUUUGUUCCCCCUUAGUUAUAAUGUCAUUCUUUGCAACAGUUGCUAUUUUUGAAGAGAAUCCAUUAGAGAAUUUCACAGAUGAAGUGACAGACAAGUUUUGGAUCUUAUAUAAGGCUGAGUGGUAUGUGUGGCCUCCAGCACAGAUCAUCAACUUCUAUUUUUUGCCCACCAAAUAUAGAGUUUUGUAUGACAACACUAUUUCAUUGGGUUAUGAUAUCUACACUUCGCAUAUAAAACAUAGCAAAUCAUUGAAACAUUCACACAAGGAGCAUAAAGAUGAUAAAACAGAUAAAACAUAGAAAUA